AUGCCACUACUCAAAACAAGUAGAACCAGGAUGUUCUGGGCCUUUCAAGGAGUUUUUUUUGCUGUGCUCUCAUACUGCAUAUGGACACUUCUGCAUGACCACAAAGCAAAAACACCCCCUGUCAGAGUGUGCAAAGGACUUAAUUUCACAUCAAGCAAAAAUCAUCUAUAUAAGUACAUGCAGACUCUGGAUGAUAAGUAUAUUGAGGACAGUAUAGAUGAUACAACCACUAACUACUCAAGCAUGACAUCAGACUGGGAUACUACAGAAACAAGUUAUCAAUAGGUAAGUAAAGAAAGCAAUUUGUAUAGAGUAAAUUUUAGUA